AGAGAGAGAGAGAGGGAGAGAGAGAGAGAGCUGGAUGGAGAGGGAGACAGUGCAGCCAGGACACUUGGGGAACGAGGACACUUCUAAACCGGACACUCCGUCUUCACCUCUGCACCGGGCUUCACUGUAACUUUGUCCUGUCUCCUUUUCUUCCGCCGGCGCAUGGCUUCAGUGUAAUCCCCGCGUCUUCUGUCCGGAACUUUGCGCUGUUCAACAUGAACCGAGGGACGGGGAGAGAAGAGAGAGUGUUUCUGGCUCUCCUCAUCAUUUUACACACCGCCACAACGCAUGCGGGUAACCUGAUUGAUGUCCUGCGUGUGCUGGAACUGUCUGAUCGCAUGGAGGGCGUGUCCAUGGAGGCGGGGCUAUGUACACAUAGAGUUGACACAGAGGAAGUGGACAUGGCUUUCAGGAUAGAUAAAAAGAUCCAACUCAGUGCUCCGACACAGCAGCUCUUCCCAGACUCGGCUUUUCCUGAAAACUUCUCCCUAAUGACGACGGUGCGGGCAAAGAAGAACGCUCAGGUCUUCUUGAUGUCCAUGUACGAUGAACAGGGCGUGCAGCAGCUCGGACUGGAGCUGGGAAGAUCACCUGUCUUUCUGUACGAGGACCACAGGGGACAGCCGACCCCUGACUUCUACCCCACCUUCAAGAAGAUCAACCUGGCUGAUGGAAAGUGGCACCGGAUUGCUUACAGCAUAAACGGCAAGUCAGUCACACUGUAUCUGGACUGUAAGAAGGUGGAGACUCUGGAGCUGCACCGUGGAGAUGACUCUGUGGUCCGCACCGAUGGCGUUACCGUGUUCGGGACCAGGCUACUGGACGAGGAAGUGUUUGAGGGAGAUAUCCAGCAGCUGCUUAUUGUGGACGACCCCCAAGCUGCGGAAGAGUACUGUCAUCACUACAUCCCAGACUGUGACUCUCCUCUGCCUUACCGUACCCAGAACUACGAACCUGAGGAGCCCAAUCCCAGCAAGCUUGUUGAUGUCGUGCAAGGCGACGAACCGGAGGCACCAAAGAAGAAAAAAGGCAAGAAGGGCAAGAAGAACAAAAAUAAGAAGGGCCGUUCAAAGAAAGGGGGAAAGAAAGAGUCGCGGAAGAAGAGGAAGGAGGCGGAAGCUCUGGAGGAAGGAUUUCUCGAGGUGUCCAAUCAUCAGCUUGAAUAUCUCAGUCGAGAUGUAACACCGGCUGUGACCGAACCCACGCCGGCUGUGACAACUCCAAACACCACCACCGAGCAGACAGACUCCAUCCCCGAGAUGCCCACGCACGAGCCAGACUCAUUACCUACUACAUCACCUGAAGACGUCACCGUAUCCCCCAGUGCAUUGCCCCAGUCUACUCAGGCUGAGGUGGAGGAGGAAAAGCCGAUAAAAACACCCGAGGUUGAGGAAAGCAUCGAGGACAUUUACAGCAGCCCAUAUGACCAUGACCUCUCUGUCUCCACGGUAACAGUGGGCACCAACAUCAGCGAGUAUGAGACCUUUGAGUACGAGGAUUUUAGGAACAGCACUGAGAGCGCAGAGCAGUACGAGGAGUACGAGACCUACGAGGAUCGCUACGGACCGGCGGAGAGAGGGGGAGUGGGGACCUGGGAUGGUCAGGGAAGACAGGGUUUAGUGAAAGGCCAGAAAGGAGAACCAGCCAUUCUCGAACCGGGCAUUUUAAUCGAGGGACCUCUCGGACCACCGGGACCUGCUGGUCUUCCAGGCUUUCCAGGAGUAACAGGCCCCCCAGGACCUCCUGGAGACCCGGGUGAAAUGGGCCCUGAGGGACGUCCUGGCCUCGCAGGGGCUGAUGGGAUACCAGGUCCUCCAGGAACCAUGUUCAUGUUGCCGUUUCAUUACGCCGAUGAUUCUCGGAAAGGCCCGGUGCUGUCGGCUCAGGAGGCGCAGGCUCAUGCCAUCCUCCAGCAGACCAGAAUUUCACUGAAGGGACCUACAGGUCCACUGGGACUGACGGGCAGACCGGGACCCAUGGGCCUCCCAGGUUCCAGUGGACUUAAAGGAGACAGCGGGGACGCUGGUCCUCCGGGGCCACGUGGGUUGCCAGGUCCUCCGGGUAUGGUGGGGAAGCUGGGCAAGCGGGGUCGAUCGGGAGCAGAUGGAGGUCGAGGAGCUCCAGGAGAGACGGGAGCGAAGGGUGACAGGGGCUUUGAUGGACUACCAGGGCUUCCAGGGGACAAAGGACACAGAGGGGAUCGAGGAAAGCCAGGACAGUCUGGUCCACUGGGGGAAUCCGGUGAGAAGGGUGCAGAUGGACCUGUAGGACCAAGAGGACAACCAGGUGAACCUGGACCGAGAGGACUUGUAGGACCCAGAGGACCGCCUGGACCAACUGGACAGCCUGGGAUACGUGGCGUGGAUGGUAUUCAAGGCCUUAAAGGCAACCCGGGUCCGUCAGGAGAGCACGGUCCUCCAGGACAGCAGGGGAACCCAGGAGUGCAGGGAUUUCCAGGUCCUCAGGGUCCUAUCGGCAUGCCUGGAGAAAAGGGACCGCAGGGAAAGACGGGAAUCCAGGGACUUCCUGGGAUUGACGGUCCUACGGGACAUCCAGGCAGAGAGGGACCAGCUGGAGAGAAGGGACUACCGGGAUUAGUCGGAGCUCAGGGGCCGAUCGGAUACCCGGGGCCUCGAGGAGUUAAGGGUGCUGACGGUGUACGAGGUCUGAAAGGAAGCAAAGGAGAGAAGGGAGAAGAUGGCUUCCCGGGGACCAAAGGUGACAUGGGAGCUGAAGGAGAUCGAGGUGACAGUGGGCCUACUGGACCCCGUGGUGAAGACGGACCAGAGGGGUUUAAGGGCCAGUUAGGGCCUAUUGGAGAACCCGGACCUGCAGGGAUCGCUGGAGAAAAGGGCAAACUCGGUGUCCCAGGCUUACCCGGCUAUCCAGGAAGACAGGGCCUUAAGGGAUCUGUCGGCUUUCCAGGAGUGUCGGGCAUGCCAGGAGAGAAGGGGAAGAGGGGAUCUGCAGGUACAGCAGGUGCAGCAGGUGAAAGAGGUCCAAAUGGGGCACGCGGAGGCCGAGGGCCACGAGGAGCUACAGGAGCCCCGGGAGCCAAGGGCUCGUCUGGCCACGACGGCCCACCGGGUCCCACUGGAGACAAGGGUCCUCCAGGACCACAGGGACAGAACGGAUAUCCAGGACCCAAGGGACCAAAUGGCCCUACAGGAAAGGAUGGGUUGCCAGGUCAUCCAGGCCAAAGGGGGGAGCCGGGAUUCCAAGGAAAAACAGGACUACCAGGACCUGUCGGAGUGGUCGGACCACAGGGCAAGACUGGAGAGACUGGACCAAAUGGGGACAGAGGUCACCCUGGGGCACCAGGACCUCCUGGAGAGCAAGGUCUACCUGGAACAGCAGGCAAAGAAGGUUCCAAGGGUGAUCCGGGCCCCAUGGGGAUUCCUGGAAAGAGUGGUCCUGGUGGGCGCCGUGGGUUUAGAGGCAGUCGAGGCAUGCCAGGCUCCACGGGUGCUGCAGGUUUGAAAGGUGAACAAGGACCUCCUGGUGCUGCAGGAGCAAUUGGUGCUACUGGUGAGAGAGGGCCUUCUGGGCCGGCUGGUGGGAUUGGUCUUCCUGGCCGUGCUGGAGGAGUCGGGUCUGCUGGACCAAUGGGCGAGAAGGGAGAACCAGGAGAGAAAGGACCUACAGGUCCUGCUGGGCAGGACGGAGAACCAGGGUCAGUCGGCCUACCAGGACCUGCUGGACCACCUGGUCCACCAGGGGAGGAUGGUGAUAAGGGAGAAACUGGAGGUCCAGGCCAGAAAGGAAGCAAAGGAGACAAAGGAGAAUCGGGACCUCCAGGACCAACAGGAAGUGUAGGACCUAUUGGACCACCUGGGCUACUGGGUCUGGAUGGGGAGCCAGGGCCCCGGGGCCAACAGGGGAUGAACGGACAGAAAGGUGAUGAAGGACCUCGAGGACUUGUAGGUGCCACCGGGCCACCAGGCCUGCAGGGAAUGCCUGGACCCCCGGGAGAGAAGGGAGAGAGCGGUCAUGUUGGACCACUGGGCCCCCCAGGACAACCCGGUCCCAGAGGUCCUGUGGGAUCCACCGGCAGAGAGGGUCCUCAGGGGAUGCCCGGUGGAAUCGGACAGCCUGGUUUAGUAGGAGAAAAGGGUGAAGUGGGAGAAUCGGGGAAUCCAGGAAACGUGGGUGAAACAGGCCCUCCUGGUGAGAAAGGAGACGUGGGUGAGAAAGGGGACACGGGUGCCCCCGGCGCCGCUGGACCACCCGGUGUCCGAGGCCCACCUGGAGAGGACGGACCCAAAGGAAACCCGGGCCCCAUUGGAUUUCCUGGAGACCCAGGACCUUCUGGAGAAGCAGGUCCAAAUGGUAUUGAUGGUGGACCAGGAGCAAAGGGAGAUAACGGAGAGCCUGGGAAAGCUGGACCACCAGGGGCUUCUGGAGAACCGGGACCACCUGGAGCACCAGGGCGGAGGGGUCAUGUAGGUGCUGCAGGGUUCGAAGGAAAACAGGGGAAGAAAGGAGCAAAGGGCUCACCUGGCUCAGAGGGUCCACCUGGAAAGACAGGUCCCCUAGGACCCCAAGGACAACCUGGAAGGCCUGGUCCAGAGGGACCACGUGGGAUCCCAGGCCCUGCAGGAGAACAGGGUUUAAACGGUCCCCCCGGACAGACUGGACCUCCCGGCCCUAUGGGACCUGCUGGACUGCCAGGACUGAAAGGAGAUCCAGGCACCAAGGGAGAUAAGGGUCACGGAGGAUUGAUCGGACUCAUCGGCCCUCCAGGUGACAUGGGGGAGAAGGGUGACCGAGGCUUGCCUGGAAAUGAGGGUAUACCUGGUCCUAAAGGAGAUGGGGGAGUUGUUGGAUCUGCUGGUCCUACUGGGCCUCCUGGACCUCCUGGACUUUCUGGUGCCAUGGGUGAGAAAGGAUCCAAAGGAGAUGAGGGAGCCGUCGGCCCGAGAGGAGACCCAGGACCUGCAGGCCCACCAGGACUACCUGGUCCAGCAGCCACCCUGAUCGAGCCGCUGCCCAUCCGAGAGGGACGCAAGAAGCGCAGGAGGAACUCGGACCGCACCAGAGGAGGAACCGGAGCAGAAGACGCAGCCGCAGAAGACGAGCAGGAAGCCGAGGUUCACCUGAACAUGGAGGACUUCCUGCAGGCUGAUGCGCCUCUGGAAGAUGCAGAGGGCAUGGAGGAGGUGUUCGCUUCACUGAACUCCAUGAAGAUGGAAGUGGAGCUGAUGAGGAAGCCUCUGGGAACGUUCGAGAGUCCGGCUCGCACCUGCAAAGAGCUGAUGAUGUGCCACCCGCAUUUUAAAGAUGGUGAAUAUUGGAUUGACCCAAAUCAGGGCUGCAAUAAAGAUUCCAUCAAGGUGUUCUGCAACUUCACGGCCGACGGGGAAACCUGUCUCCACCCGGAUAAACGAAUCGAAACGGUGAAGCUCGCAGCCUGGAGCAAGGAGAAGCCGGGGAGCUGGUACAGCCGCUACAGGAGGGGCAAACAGUUCUCCUAUAUAGACGCUGACGGCAUCAUGGUCCCUGUGGUCCAGCUGACCUUCCUGAAGCUUCUGAGCGCGACAGCCAGACAGAGCUUCACCUACAUCUGCCAGAACUCGGCCGGCUGGUACGACGCCACCAGCCACGGGCACCAGCAUGCCCUGCGCUUCCGUGCCAGCAACGACGAGGAGAUGGCGCACGACAAGACGCCCUUUAUAACACCUCUGUAUGACGGCUGCCAGACACGUAAAGGUCAGGACAGGACGGUGCUGGAGAUCAACUCUCCGAGAUCGGAGCUGCUUCCCGUGGUCGACGUUUCUGCAUCAGACUUUGGGAAUAACAACCAGAAGUUCGGCUUCCAGAUCGGACCUGUGUGUUUUAACGGUUAACUAAAGUGAGACACGGGACUCAAGACUUCAUCUGUACCACACGCAAUAUUUAUUUUUUUAUGUAGUGUGCAUGCGGCGGUACUGUGGCAUGCAUUUUGUUUGUUUUGUUGUUGUUGUUUUUUUGUUUUGUUUUUUGGUAAACAAAACUGCAGAGGUGCCAGGAUCGACCCUUGAGGAAGCAAACAAAGCAGAAGUUUCCAUGUGUGUGGACUUUUUAAAAAAUUCUUUGUGUGUUUGCUUGUGGUGUGAAUGAAUUAUUAAGCCAACUCCACUUGGAGGCAACUCCAAAUAACAACCACCCCAUCUUGCCCACAUGGUCCACGUUACGGGCCACUUAGCGCACACUGUAGCAGCAGACUUUCUUGCUUGUUUGUUGUUAUGUAUAAUGUAAUUCUGAAUUAAUUUGCCACUUGAGGGAUUGGCUACAAUGUUGAGGAGUACGUAUUUAAAUAUUUUAUUUUCCCUCGCUUAAAUACAGCACCGGGGGCAGAUGGAAGUAGUUAUACCUCAGAACAGUUUUGACAAGGAAACGCCGCCCGGAUCCAGUUAAUUGUUCUCUUAGAUGCUUCCUGUCACACAUCAGCUUUGCAGCGCUGCUCAUCUUUAAUCAGUGUGUCAUAAUAAAUAAACAGCGCCAUACGCCACUCGUGCUUCCAGCAGGGUGGGUUGUGUGUAUCUACCCUGCGACUGUUCUUAUUAAUGACAAACAGUAGCCUCUUGACGCAGGUCCCUCGGGUCGUUUUAUCAGGUCCGGUCACAUGGUUGGCAUUUGAUUAGUCCGUAUUUCUACAGAGUAGAGCAAAUUGCUUGGGUUCUAGAGUUGGAAUAAUAAUAACGCUGGGGUUAGUAUGUAGUGUUGCUGUUCUCUGAAACAUGUUUUUAUUGUUGAGGGUUAAGUGCCUUGCUCAAGGGUCCAACAUUGGUAGCUUGUAGGACCUGGGAUUUGAAGUCACAACCUUCCAGUCAGUAGUCCAACAUCUAGUAAGCAACCAGUUUCCGGUUAAAAUUUCAGCCCUGGGGAUUUAUUACUGAACUUCAUGACAAUAAAAAUAAUAUCCCAAUCUUAGAAAAUAGGUUAAAGCUAGGAUACUGAAGCAUUCUUGUAUUUUUUCCCACUUGAAUGAUUUUCUAUAGAUGCCUACAACAGUGUGUUCCUCCAUAAAGCCAGGCUAUAAAACAACAGAGAUUAUCCCUGAGAGGAUAUCCCUUAUACUUCUGUACACUUCUGACUCCUUAUGUUCAAUCUUUCCAGCCACUGUUUUCUUGGUUCAUAAAUACUGACAUAUCUCACUAGAGAGGCAUUACUGAGCCAUCCGGGUCACGGCACCAAGUGGGUAGAAGUGCAGAAACAGUGAGUCAGUGAUCCAGGAGACUUCAGAUCUUCAGAUGUUUUCCCGCUUCGAGAAUCUUCAGCUCAGUUAUUUAGCGAGAAAAGUUUCUGCUCAAAGCUACAGAUUGCACAGGCUCUGUAUGUGUAGUGAAAAGGUGGAAGAAAGGAAGGAAGGAAGGGCUAAAGGAGAUCUGGGAGUCCUUUCAGCUAUCAGCUCACGUCGUGAUGUUUUCAGUCACAGUGACAUUGUACCAAAGUGCAAGAAAGACAAAUACAGCUUAUGGAGAAACGACUGAGAAAUAACUGAACAUGCGGGAUAUAAAAGAAUAAUAAUUCGUUCAGUAGUUUAUAAGUUCUUAAUGAAGAUAUGUGCAGAACCUCAGUCCCUCCAGGAUUUUGUGGAGAUUUUUUAUUUUUUAAUAUGUCUUUAGAAUAUUGUGGAGCUCGAUUUUGUGUUCAUUUUUGCAGAAUCAUGAAAUCCUGGAGGGUCUGGAACCCGAGCCACCUUCAAUAGAUAGCAAGAAAUAAAUUUAAACAUAGCUAAUGAUCAUUUCACCAAGCGAAAAAUACGGUUAAAGCUCAUUUUUCUUUCGAAGGUUCGGACUAGAAUUUCAAGCGACUAAGAAACAUUAAUUAUCCACAAACAAAACCCUUUGCUAGUAGAAAAACUUGCGAGUAUCCUGUACUCUAAUUCUGUAGAAGAAAAUUGGAAGAAAAAUCAUUACUGUAUCAAUUUCAGUUUGGAAAAAUAAUAAUAAAGACAGGUUCCUGUCACAACCAUUUUCCAAUAACACAGUGCUUUAUUCCUCUUAUACCUCAGCAGUCUGCCAAUUACAGUCUUUUUUAUUUACGGUGGAAGCAGCUAGGAACAGUUGUUUCCUGCCUGUUUCUGUCUCUCCUGAAGAGCCUGUCUCCUGAAGGGUGCCGGAAAACUGACCGUUACCGUUAGCACUAACACUGGAGACUCCUUCCUUAAAUGUAAACAAAACAAACAUCAACAUAUCAGCGUUUACAGGUGCCAAAUAGCAUUUUUGUAAUUAGCAGUAGAUUAUACCUAGUGUCUGCUGUACAGUAGAAGUUCCUGAGAACGAACAGUUGCUAUAGAAACGAUAAAAGGUAUUAAAGCCAGCGUAUUGAUAUGCCUUGCAGCCGGAACUCCUUUCAGAGCUGAGAGAAUGAAUAAAGUAUGGAUGUUAUUAUUAAAUAAAAUGUUAGCUUGCUUCUCUUGGAACCACGAUGUUUGGAAAAAUAGGGUUAUAUUUUUCUACUAUUUGGUUCUUUAACAGAACCUCGCCUUGUUGGCGUACUAUACAAGAUCAAAUCAGGACUUUUCUCUUUCCUACGACCCCCGCUUUCAUUUUCCUCCCAAUUUUUUUCACCUAAUGAUUGUGUAAAACUGUUUCUUUAUUGUGGUGCUACAGUUGUUGUUGUUGUAUUAUGAUUUUGUAUUAUUUUGCUGUGCGAGGGCAGGAUGGAGGCUAGAAUAAGAAGAAGAAAAGGAGGAGGAGCUUGACGGUGCUAACAGCCUGAAGGCUUAUCCUGGUGCUAAUCCUGGUGCUAAUCCUUACUUAACAUGCAGUAUCUUAUCUACUAUCUGUCCGGGGCGUGGCUGUGGCCGGGGGUUGAAGUGGAAGCGUUAGUGAAUUUAUUCUCCGCCUCUUCCUGUCCUCACUGUAUGUAUAGUAUAUGUGGUACUAAUUUUAUACACUGUACAGUUAUUUACAGAUAUUUGAAUAAUAGUUGGAUGAGAAAAAAAACAACAACAAUGUGUGUAAAAUGUAUUUGUAAAAACCAAUCAACGGAAAAAUAAAAUCCAAACGAGCAGAAAAAAGCAAAGCGCUGUGGUCCGAAUCGUCAGGGAAAAGAGCAUCAGAAUCGGUGAUGUUUUCUCUAAAGACAAGAGACAAGGCCGUGUCUUCAUUACCAGUUACCGCACUCUUUCUCUCAUUCUGGCCCCCCCUCCAUUUUUUUCUUCUUCUUCUUCUCCGUGUGCUUGUAAUCAGCAUCACUUCCCACCUCGCAGAUGUAAUCAACUCUGAUUCACUCCCUAGUUCAUUUAUUUCAAUUAACUUUUGUUUCUGUCCCCAGGAGAGCGACUGAAGAGAGUCAGACAUACAGACUGGGAUGUGUGUGUGUGUGUGUGUGUGUGUUCAUGCGUGGGUAAUGAAAUAGCUCUGGAUUAGAAAGUGAGCCAGUGAGAAUUAACCAUACCUGUGGAGAAACAUGAUGAAAUAGCGAAGGGAAUUAAAUAUCCCUCCCACGGCC